AUGAGUAAAACCGCCAAGACUUUGCAUAGAUUUGAAGAGAAGAUUCAAAAUGAGGAAUUCUAUGAAGCACAUCAAAUGCUUCGAACCAUUGCUAAUAGAUAUGUUCAUUCUAAGAAGUACUCUGAUGCUAUUGAAUUAAUCUUCAAAGGCUCAUUGUCUUUGUUUAAGGCUAAUCAGAGUGGUUCUGGUGUAGAUUUAACUCUAUAUUUAUUAGAAGUAUAUAAACUAGCUGAGAUCAAAGUUGACGAUGAAUCUGUAGGCCGCUUAAUUCAAAUUCUGCAGGUAUUGCCUUUGACUGAUCCAGACUUAAAAGAUGUUGCUACUGGUAUGAACAACUGGAGUUGCAAUAAUGGCGAUUCUAAAUUUGGUGAUGCAAGAUUACAUGAUGCUUUAGGUCGUGCUCUUUGGAAUGGUAACUACGUCUAUGAAGCUGAACGUUACUGGACCUUAGGAACUCGUGAUUCUAGAGAUCGUUAUGUAAAAAACUUGUGGGAUUGGUAUUUACAAUCCCAAGAAGAUUCUUCUAGUAGCGAUAAAGAAGAUGUCUCCCUUUAUUUGGGGAGAUUGGUCUUCAAUUAUCUGUUCGUUUCGAAUAUUAGCUAUGCCAUCGAUUCUACAAAAGUCUUUUUAAACAAUUAUAUUGAUUAUAAAAAGAUUGAUAAUGUCAAACAUAUUGAUAAAACUGAUUUCCAAUUGAUUUUGUUCGAUUCAAAUGAUUCUUCUUUAAAUUUCUUACAAUUAUUGAUAUUAGCUUGUCAGACAAAAGAAGCUUCAUAUUUUAACUCUUUGAAAAAUCAAUAUCCAGCUCAAUCAAAUCAAUUUAAAAAUGAAUUGGAGUUUUUGGGUCAAGAAUAUUUUGGAAUAGUAGCACCCAAGCAAAGUAAUUUCUUACAAGAUAUGAUGUCUGGCUUAUUAGGUGGUGGAAAAUAA